CAGUGCGUUUCGUGUGUGUGCUGCGGUGAGAAGCAAGAAAAUCCGCGAGUUCCAGAGUCCCGUGAAAACAAGUUUCCAUCUUUUCCAUAAGCGCAAGCCAGCCUAAAAAUGUCCGAUGAAUCAACCGAACGAGAACAGAGUAAUUAGUUCGGCAUCCACCCAAAUUUGGACAAAUAAAAAAAGCGAACGAGAAUUAGCGACCGCGGCUGGAAAUUCCGUUGGCUUCCCAUAUACCUAGAGAGAGCGUUCACAUGCAAUGUCUGCUUUUGAAGAACUAAAACGUCUCAGCCCGAUCGACGAACUGAAAUCUCCCACAGUGCACGUGAUCCGUGAGGUUUACGAAGGCGAGAAUGCACAUGAAACGUUCGAGCUGGAGUUGGACAAGGCUCUGUACGCCAAGGCAGACUACAUCAUCAUCGAGCCAUCGCGGCUCGGUGAAGAAACGGGACGAUGGAUUGCCGUUGGAAACUGUCUGCACAAGACGGCCCUCAUCAGUGGUGUGGCGUCGGUGGCGGCCGGACUGAUCUGGCGCGAUAGGUUACUGUUCUGUACACCCCUCUGUGCGGUAUCGAUAUUCUGUACCGGCUUGUAUACAAUAUCGUGGUCCUGCGAUCCCUGUGUUCAAUACCAAGUUGAAAAAAACGCCAAGAGCCUGUCGAAAGUGCCGAACGUGAACGAUUUCUCUUCGCCAAUAGUGUUAGUCUAUGCCAGCAAUAAAUGCGCCAAAUAUAGCCAUCGGGUCGUAACACUGUUAGCAGCCUCGUACUGCGCUUGGCGUCUCUAUGAGCUAUUUAAGUAAUUGGUAACGGUUAAAUUCGCUUGAUGGCGUUGUAGAGCAGGCUUGCACACCUUUGUUAUGGAGAUUUGCCGGGAAAUUUAAAUUGCAUGUUUUAAAUUCAUUCUUUAUGAAUUUAUUAGGGAAUCGGUUUUAAAAUUACUAUUUUUAUUAGGAGUAAAAAUACAUCCUCAAAAUUUUUAAAUCGUAACUCCAAGAGUGCACCAACUUUUUUAAAGUAAGCAUGAGCAAAGCAUAUUAGUGAACAACACAUCAAGGCAAAGUAUAUUUUUGUUCGAAAACGAAGGAAUACUUUUGUUUAUUGUUGCGAUUUAUUUCCUACAUUUUCUUCGAUUGUUGAAAUCUCAAAUAUUAAAAUGAAGUACGGAACUGUGAUCAAACGCCAGUCAGCGUGCGGGAAAAAAAGACAUUGAUUCAAAUCAUAGGACAAUUACUGAGUGGGAAUGUGGCCGGUGUGCGCUGCCCGGGAAGCAUAGGGUGGAGCAGUUUCAUUAUAUUUGAGCUUCAUCCGCUUCUCCGCAUCGUACCCCGUCGCGUUGCCUUCUUUCUAAACCGACUGCCUAUACAAUUAAGCUGAUAUCAUAUUGAUAUCGAUUGUGAUUGGGCCAAAGCACGGUCGUUACUAAAUUAUUUCAUUAACUUCUUCUCUAUUCCGUUUGAUAACGAACUCUAGAAAGCAGAUUGACGACAAUCAAGAAGUUGUCUUGUUUGUGCGUAGGUAUCAUUCGUUGUGUCGUGUUUUUUUUUGUGGUUUUUGAAUUGAGCCAUAUAAUUACUACGUUUUGUUUCAAGUCAAACACCAGGAAUCAGGUACAACGUGAUAUUAGAUACGAAAGGACAAGAGUUUCUGCUUCGACGCGGAGAGGAGAGCCAAAGGAAAGGGUAAUUCAAUGCAUUUAAUAAAAAGAAAACAGACAAGCAUAGAACGAGGGUAGAAGGAAUUGGUCAUGAUACUUAGCUGCACAACUGUUCCCAAAAACAAGAAUGUGGUUUUUGUUUUGCUCAAAGUUUAGCUCUUUCAGUUAGAAAUUUUGAAUUCCCUGCCAAGCUAGUUGGGAUGUCUGGGAGAGAAUCAAUCACACUAUUUUACAGUUGUACGCUUAGAAUUUAAAACCGGAUGUUGUAUGGGAAAGGGAUAUCCACAAGCUGUAGUAUUAUGUUUUAAUAUAUGAAAUUUAAAAGAAAUAUGUUGAAUGAAUAACUCAACAGAACUGUGUAAAAAGUAAAUAAAAUAACCCGUCAGAAGUAUCAUGUUAGAACAAGAAUAAAUUAAAGUCUAGUUUUGCAAAUAA